AUGGUUCACGCGGAUGCUUCCACAUUUGAAGAAGGCCUGUCGAAGAAGGAGGUCUAUGCUCAGGUGCUAGAGCAAGCGAGGUUGUUGUUUGACGGGCAGAGUAAUUGGGUGUGCAACUUCUCCAAUACUGCGUCCCUUCUUUGGCACGCAUAUCACUCGUUGCCAUCUUCCGCUCCAAGCUCUCGGGUCAACUGGUCGGGAUUCUACUUCACUGACCCCAAAAACCCAUCACAAUUAAUCCUCGGUCCCUUCCACGGCCAGGUCGCCUGUCAAAGCAUAGCGUUUGGUCGAGGGGUAUGUGGAGCGGCCGCGAAGACUGGCUUAACACAGCUGGUCGAAGACGUAGAUAGUUUUCCAGGCCACAUUGCUUGCGAUGGAGCGAGUAAGAGCGAGAUUGUCGUGCCUAUAGUGAAAGGCGGCAAGGUCGUGGCGAUUAUCGAUGUGGAUUGCGCCGAAUUAAAUGGGUUUACGACGGAAGAUCAAGAAGCACUGGAGGAGUUGGCAAAGUUGUUGGCGGAGGCUUGUGAAUUCUAG